AACACCUAUUCAAUUUCAACCCCAUCCAUAAAUCCCAAAUAGCCCCUACUGCCACCGUGGCCGGCUGCCGGAAAUGACGACGACCCGGCAGCACCAAAGAAUGCGUCUCCUCUUCCGGCUAUCAUUGGUGUCUGUCCUCACGGUCGGCGCAUCUAGAGUCGCACUCGACUACUUGAGGAACAACGACGUUGGCAUUAAGUUGAUGCCGUCCGAGUACACAAUCCGCGUGCCGGUUGAAGUAUCUGAGGAGGAGACAAUCGAAGACGGAUGCGAUGUUUUUAAAGGCCGAUGGGUUUGGGAAAACGAGAGCUAUCCUCUUUACGAGGAAGAGAAUUGCCCGUUUCUCGUUAAGCAAACAACAUGUUUGAGGAAUGGCCGACGUGAUUCUUUCUACCGGCAUUGGCGAUGGCAGCCCGACGGGUGCGACUUGCCGAGGUUUAAUGGGAUAAAGUUGAUGGAGAUGCUGAGGGACAAAAGAUUAAUGUUUGUCGGGGAUUCAGUGCAACGAGGGAUGUUCGAGUCGAUGGUGUGUUUGGUACAUUCUUCCAUUCCUUCUAGUGUGAAGACAUCUCUUCGAAGAAUACCUCCUCGAAAAGUUUUCAAAAUAGAGGAAUUCAAUGCAUCGAUCGAGUACUAUUGGGCUCCCUUCAUAAUCGAAUCUAUAUCCGACCACGCGACAAAUCAUACUGUACAUAAGCGUUUGGUGAGACUCAAUUCGGUGGCGAAGCAUAGCCAAGAGUGGGGAGGAGUUGAUAUCUUGAUAUUUGAGAGCUAUAUUUGGUGGAUGUACAAGCCAACCAUAAAUGUAACAUAUGGAUCCCUCGACAAAAUCGAAGAAAUCAACGUAACGGCUGCAUAUAGAGUGGCACUUCAGACAUGGGCUAACUGGCUCGAUUCUACAAUGAAUCCAUCUACUCAAAAAAUCUUCUUCGUAACGAUGUCUCCAACACAUUUGUGGAGUUGGGAAUGGAGGCCGGGAACAAACGGCAACUGCUUCAACGAGACACGCCCGAUCAAAGAAUCAUCGUAUUGGGGCACCGGUUCCAAUCUCGAUAUCAUGGGAAUCCUAGAAGACAUUCUCGGACAACUAACAAUCAAUGUAACCGUGCUAAACAUUACACAACUGUCUGAAUUGAGAAAGGAUGGCCAUCCUUCGAUCUAUGGAGAACGAAAGGGCAAACUUUUGACUAAAGAACAAAAAUUGGAUCCAAAGAACUAUGCCGACUGCAUCCAUUGGUGUUUACCGGGAGUUCCCGAUACAUGGAAUGAAAUUUUGUAUGCACUUCUUCUACAAGACUAUCGAGUUCAUGUUCAAUGACAUGAGCUCGAGUCGCAAAUCACCUUUAUUCUUUCCCGAUCAGGUAUUUUUUGACGCCAAUGAAUGAUGUAGAGUACUAAUUCAAAUUUUUAAGAAGAAAUAAGAAUGAAGAAUUAUUUUUGCCCAAUUCUAUUUUACUUUGUUCAAAUUUAAAAACA